AUGGACACACAGUGUUGGAUUGUGUCGUGCAAGCCGGCUGCUGUACCUCAGUUACGAAGAGGACAGCAUGAAGCUAUUCGGACGUAUUUCGCUUCUUCUUUUUCUCCUGUCGUGCGAAGAUGGACUGUCGCGUGCUAAUCUGAGUCAACUUGGUGAGAGCUAUAGGAUGGUUCGUAGCAGAAUUGCGGACAGGCGUCAGGGAAGGAGCAGAGCGAGGCUUAUGCGGAAGGAAGUAUGCUAUGAUGAUGUGGGUUGUUUUGCAAUGCCAAACAAGCAUUCAGCAUUCAUGAAAGUGCCAGAAUCACCUGAAAGUGUAGAUACAAAAUUCUGGCUAUUCACUCGUACCAACACAACUGCUCAGGAGGUUAUAGACUAUGGGAAUGGUUCACUGAAGAGUACUAACUUUAAUCACAGUAAACCACUUAAAGUGCUUAUUCAUGGCUACAAGGGAAGUGGAAGAGACAAGGGUGCACUGACAGGUGUAGCAGCCCUUAUUAAAAAGGUGGACGCGAACAUAUUGGUUGUGGACUGGCAGCGGGGCGCUGCAGGGCCAUCGUACGCCACGGCAGUGGCCAACACUGAGUUGGUAGGCAGACAACUUGCUCUGCUGCUGCUGCACAUGAUACAGUCUGGGAUUCAGCCCACUCAGAUACACGUGAUAGGAUUCAGCCUGGGAGCACAUGUUGCAGCUUGCGCCAGCAACAUUCUCAGGAGCCACAACGUCCUUCUAGGGAGGAUCACAGGUCUCGAUCCAGCUUCACCGAUUUACAAAAGCAGUCUGCUGCUACAGUCGUACCGCAAGCUAGAUACCAGUGACGCAGCAUAUGUUGAUAUUAUUCAUACCGAUGGUAGUCGUACCUGGGCAGAAGGUUUCGGUUUGCUGCGACCGCUGGGCCACGCUGACUUCUAUCCCAACGGAGGUCGCACUCAGCCUGGGUGCACGGAAGGGUACGCUGCUGUCGUUGUCAGCCACCUGGAAGGGACAGUAAAUUCGAGCACAGUAUGCAGUCAUGUGAGAGCAUGGUCGCUGUUCUUGGAAACGCUAAACGAGCCCAAUUCAGAAUGUCAGUUCAUUGCCUAUCCCUGCUCAGAAGGAGAGGGACUGCCUUGUUUUCCACCCAAAGAGGCCUGCAAGGAUCCUUCCUCAUGUGCCAUCAUGGGGUGGAGGGCUCAGGAGUCUCAAGCUAGAGGCGCUUUGUACUUGGUUACCAGAGACCGCUACCCAUUCUGUGGUAAACAACUUCGAGCGUCAGUAAAUCUAGCAGAUGGGAGACUACGAUCUCAUGCAGGGCUGAGCCUAAUAGUUCAUCAUGGAUCUUCGGCGACUACAUUUGAGCUUAACAGUGGGUUCGCAGACAUUGAGGAAGGAGGGAGAACAAUAUGGGGACUUGCUGCAGCAGAAUAUUCCAGUAUUGAUCCUGUAACUACUCCUAAACUUGUGGCAACUCUCAGUUGCUCAAAUACAGCCAGAUUAGUUGACUCAGUACCUGUAAUAUCGGUGCAGUCAGUAUCAGUUGCAGACCUUCACGGAAACAGUUGGAAUUACUGCGGCGGUGAAGCUAUUACUGUAGAGAGAAAUGACCAAAUUUCCGAAGUUAACUUCACAUUAGUUAACAAGAACUGUUAGCAUAUUUUGUUUGACAUUAUGGUGAGCCCAUAAGUUUCAUAUAUGAAUUUCAUCGUGCUGAUUUUUAAAUAUGUAAAUUCUCUGCUGGAAAGCAAUUAAGUCCAUGGAAUAUUAAUAUUCUGUGCCCAGUAUUAGAUCGAACUGAACUCGAAAUCUUUUCUCAUCCUCAACAUACAUGCCGUACUGCGCGGUACCAUAGAAGAGGAAAAAUGGUUGUACACAAGCAUUUAUACAAAAUAUACACUGCCGGGGAAAAAUAGUACAUCUUUUUCUUUCAGAGCUGAACAAUUCAUUCAAGAUUUAUUGUUGCAACAGCGUACACGGAGUACAUGAAAUUAUUCCAUUUACAUAUCAAUAGCACAAGCGGUUCUGAGGUACCUGGAAUCGACACAUGAUGAAACACACAUGUUAGUACGGGUGUAGCCUCCAUGGGCGGCAAAGCAAGCACUUACUCUGGACUCCAGUCGAUCGUGUAGAUGGCGAACACUGUCCUGGGAUAAUGCCAAGCCUGCUCGGCCUGUUCACGUAGUUCUGUUAGAGUUGUUGGUUGACGAGUCGCACGAUUCACUUCUCGUCCCGUCAUAUCCCUCACACAAGUCCGGAGAUCGAGCUGACCAGGGACGCUAUUACACGUCUUGCAGAGCACGUUGAAUUUCAUGGACAGUGUGUUCGCGAGCAUUACCUUGUUGGAACAGCACAUCCCCUUCCUGUUGCAAGAACACGAAAAGAACAGGUCUAACAACAUUCUGUACAUACCUAGCGCUCCAGAAAGACCAAAGAUGAACGAGGGUUAUAGCUUAAUGUACCCCUCACCAUAAGGUCUGGGCUGGGAGCAGAGUGUGUUUGACGAAUGCACUCUACGAGACAGCGGUCAUCAAGUCUACGUCGAACGCACAAACGAGCAUGCUAGCGGAAUCUGCAUUCAUCAGUGAAGAUCACGGUGCCCCAUUCCAUCUUCCAAGAGAUCCUCUGACGGUAUUAGUCGAGCUGUGCACGUCGAUGCUGUAGCGUGAGUGGAAGACAGGCUACUGAUGUGUGUGCCCGUAGUCUCGCUGCUAAAACACGUUCGCAACAGUUCGUGCUGACACGUCUGGACUCGAGUGGUGAAAUUUUGUGAACUAUCAGGCCUCAUCCCUAAACUGGUGGGGAAGGGCGGCAGACUUCAGUACGUUAUAAACUGCUCUGCAUGUGGGGACAGCCUUCGUCCCCACCCAUGGGAUUUCCUGUAGAUUUUUCAACAGGGCGCUGAUGACCGUGAUGUCGAGCGCCCCCUCAAACCAACUCAUCAUCAUCACGUCUGGACUCACAAGCCCUCUUACCUGUGCUGUGGUGGCUGUAUUGUCUGCCACCUCUGCCCUUACAAUACGACGAUUCUGGUUGCUCAAAUGGCUCUAAGCACUAUGGGACUUAACAUCUGAGGGCAUGAGCCCCUUGACUUAGAACUACUUAAACCUAACCAACCUAAGGACAUCACACGCAUCCAUGCCCGAGGCAGGAUACGAACCUGCGACCGUAGCAGCAGCGCGGUUCCGGACUGAAGAGCCCAGAACCGCCCGGCCACAGCGGCCGGCGUCUGAGCUGCGUCGACGUCCAGAACCUCCUCUACGGAUAUGAGAAUGGUCACAUGACCACCGAUACCAGCGUCAUUGCACAAUGGUACAGCACGUCCAACUUGGGCGGCAAUUCUCCGAAAAGACCAUCCCGCCACUCGGAAGGCCACAGUUUGACCCCUUUCAAAUUCGCUCAAUUGGCUGUAGGAAGCACAGGUGAGUCUUCAUGGCAUGGUUACUGUUUGUUUCACACGUUUGCGUCAUACUGAGCCUUCUGGCUGUGAGCAUUCCCAGUUAAAGGAUAGACACAGAUGUCGCUCUGAUAGCUAUGCCACUACGCUAUCUGCUGGCGGACGACGUUGAAACCAUUAUCAGUACAUUAACUAUCCCCCAUCUAGCAUAUUCCGUCGUCGGACCAGAACUGACGUCGUCUUUCCAGGUGUACUAAUUUUUCCGGCAGUGUACUUUGACGUUAUUGUAGUCUAAUCUGGUACGACCCUAAAAUUAUGUCCAUAGUGAACGUAGAGAGAAGAGAGCAGCAUUAUAAUAAACUGACUACUCACGUAAGAGACAUACCACUAACAAUUCAAAAAGCUGAGUUCUUUCUCACCUCACUUUUAUUGUGAUCUCAUUAAAAUAUAUUAUGUGAUUCUUUAACGCAGUUACUCAUAAUUUCUUUUUAUUGUGUACCGCUCUUCAAGUACUCGCAAAAAAUAGUUACAUUCUGGUUUAUUUCAGUGCAUCCGUACUAUUUUGUUACUUUUUGGCCAUAGUAUGUCAUUGUCAGCCUUACACUCGUAUUAAGAUCUUUCGUGAUCUCAUUAUUUUAUUACUGUUAAAUUAACUCCUGAUCUCGUUCAAACUAGCACUGGCAUGAUGUUACCUAUAUCCAAUGCUAUUCCUGUAUCCAGUGCUAUUACUGUUGAAACUAAUGUAAGUACUUCACCUGAGUUUCACUAUCUAUGUUUUUCUGUGCUCGUGAUAUGUGUUGUUUAUGUUGCAUCACUUGUUACACGUUGCGUUUGUUAAAUGUGUUUUGAAGAUGAAAAGUCUUUGUUUCAGACCAUCCUGCAAACACG